UUGGGCUCCCCCAGUCGGUCACUCCCCAAUCCCGAUCCCACUCCUAUCCAUCCGGGAUCCCAAUCAGUGCCGGGCACUGUCCGGGAUCUCGGAGGAGGAGGAGGAGGAGGAGGACACGGGGGGGGUGGGCCUUCCUGUUGCCAUGCAGGAAGAGCGAGAGAGAGACGGGGAGAGAGGAGCGACUGUUGUUGUGAAAGGGGGGGAGACACACACACACAAAAAAAAAAGGGGACGGGACGCAGCGUUUUGGACUCGCGAAUCCCUCCCGUCUUGGCCAUGGAGAGCAGGGGCUCGGACCCGCGCCGUGCUUUCGCCUGGAUCCUCGGCUCGCAUCUUCUCUUGCUCGGUCAGUAUCGGCGCAGGUACAUUUCCAGCCACAGCCUUAGACGUUUACACGCCGCCUGAAAUCUUCAUCGAGAACGGGACGGCGGGGACGCUCAAGUGCACCUUUCGCUCCAAGGAGGUGAUCAGCAGUGACGCCACGGUCUCCUGGAGUUUUCUGCCCUUGGGGGGCGACAGGGCCAUCAAUUUCUUCUACUAUUCGAGGGGAAAGUCUUAUCCUGGCGACAUACCCCAGUUCAAGGGCAGAGUGACAUGGGUUGGAGACCUCAAUAAGAAAGAUGCCUCGAUCCAGGUCAAUAAAAUGCACUUCAGUGAUAAUGGCACCUACUCCUGUGAUGUGAAAAAUCCCCCUGACAUAGUUGUGACUCCAGGACGCAUACAGCUCUACGUCGUGCUGAAAGAUGCUCUGCCUCAGUCAAAUGCUGGAAUAAUUGCAGGAGCUGUGAUUGGAGCCAUUCUUGGCUUGAUACUCAUCAUCAUCGUUUUCUAUUUGAUCUUAAGGAGACGGGGAGCUAAGCCGGAAUAUCAAGGCUGCACCUCUUCUGAGAGUAUGAUUUCACAACCAACGCGGAUGGGGAAGAAAGCAGACUCCAGUACAGAAGGCUCAAGGUGUAGCAGUCCGUCCGGCCCAGUCCAGACGGUGCUCGAUCACCAUCCUUUAGCAAAAGCUGCUUCCUCCUGGGAAGGGUCUGGGGCAUCGCGGCAACACAGGGGCCCGGUGAUAUAUGCCCAGCUGGACCACUCAGGCAGCAAGAGCUCAAAUAUAUUGCACAAGUCUGAGCCCGUGGUGUACGCUGACAUCCGGAAGAACUAAAGAACAACUGGAAAUGGAAAAGACGAAGUUUUUAUGUUUUCUUAUUUACUGUCAUGGACAGUUUGAGGAUUGCCGCAUUUCUGCGUGAACAGAUUUUAUUUAACUGAUGCUGAGAGCAUUGCAUGUUCAGAAGUUACAAGUGUGCACAGCAACAAAGACGACUUAAUGCCACAGUGCCCUGUCUUCCUUCCCCCCCGAACCUAAUUCAUCGGAUUUUCACUGACAAAAUUGCUUGCUGCAGGCAGGAACAGUCACUUUAAAUGGUAGUAAACGAUAGUUGCUGUAGAUUGUAUCCUCCUCAACAGUAGCACUCCAGUGCUUGUAGAAAUAGAGGAAUGGUCACCCAUGGGGAGCUGGACGACCACUUCCUUGGAAUCCUUCCUAGAGUAAUCUUCCGAUCUCACCACAUCCCCCACAAUGUUCAUCACGGUGAAAGUAAACUGGGGCGAAACAAAUCAUUUCUCAAAAAUCAAGUUUUUCCGAGUUGAGCAGGAUCAUACAUUGCGUUUGACUUACAUCCUUGUGUAAACUGGUGGUAGAUGUUAUACAAAUUAAGUAUAUUUGUGUAAUAAUAAUCACUGGCUUAACAAAUAAAAAUUAGGUGUUUUCUAGUGGUUUAAGAAGAUCUUGAUGGAACUUAAGUGUGAUUAGUCUAGUACAAAUGUACAUAAAAUCUGCAUGUAAUUUAUUCAUGACCAGAAUAUUUUCAAAGCUUAGGUUUUUGUAAAAAUACUGUUGGUCCCUGGUGCUUUGUAGUUUUUAGGUACAGGAUGGAAUAAAGCAUUAAAGCUGCCCUAUAGUAACUAAUCCAGGUGGACAAAAGUAUGUCUGUGAGACUUUUUAAAAAAGUUCUAAUUACUACACAAACUGGAACAUAAACUAGUGUUCAUCUCAUACAAUAUUGCGCAGGUGUUCCCUGUGCAGUUGUUGUUUUUGCUCAUCCCUGAGCUGACUCUGACUACCAAGCUGUGCCCCACUUUUAUUUUAUUGUUUUGGCCUUAAUUGUUUUUUCCCGCUGCACAAUUGUCCGAUCAUGUGACUGUGUAGAAAAAUAGAACCGUUUUUGCCAGUGAACAGCUGUCUGUAUUUCAUAGGUGCUUAUCAACUGCCAAACGAGAUCCGUUUUUUUAUCGGACGCACUUGUUUUAGGAGACUGAAUUUUCUUGUGCCACUAUUACUGACAUGAGCAAAGAUUGUGCCAUAAUUGUUUUUAGUUCUGUUUCAACUCCAUAAUAUUUCAUGUGCUAUUUAUGAGGUGCCAUAAAGGGAUUUUUUUUCUUUGUCCUUAAAGCCUUUUUCUUUUACAGUUUAGAAGUAACCAGUAAAAAAGGAAAGCAGUUUUAUUAGAUAGCUUUCUAGAGCAAAAAUACAACAUUAGGAAUGUAGCUGAAUAGCAUUAUAGCAUUAGCUCUUGUAACAAGACUGGCGAUUGUCCGCCACAGAUUCUUAACGAAAGCCUUUAUAUUUCUGCAACGGAAGCCUUUUUUUUUAAAUUCCCCAUUUCCAGAAUAUUUUAUUGAUGAGAAAAAACCAAAUGCAGCGAUUAGAGAGUUUCAGAAAGUGAGACGAUGGAUUAAAGUGCUGUGCGAUUGGUCCUUUUAAAAAAAAAUCAAUGAGGAUAUCAAAUGUGCUGUAGCAAAUUGGAUUCCGUCUUGUUCUGCUUUUCAGUUCGUAGUUUAUUGUUGCUUUAUGGCAUCAGUGACUCUUCCUCUUUUAGUGAAGUUAGAAAAUGCAGAAAUUAUAAUUAUGCAUCUUGCAAGAAGGGGGAAGGGCAGUGUGCUGGAAACAAAAGAGCUGCUCUUUCCUUAACAUCCUACUUUUUCUUGCGUUGACCAUAUGUACUCUGUAUGUACUUCUGUUCAUUAGAACAAUGUAUGCAUCUGCGUUUAUUAUUGGAAAUGAAUCUUCCUUGUUGAUGCAGUUGUUGGAAGAGCUGUAGUAGCAUACAUCUCAACUGCUGUGUCCCGGGACACUCCUACAACCCAUACAAGUGGAGAUCAUACUGACUAUGGGGCCUGUAUGCUCAGAAUGCAGUUCAUCUAAAUCCGUUUGUAAGGCAUUGCACGCCUUCUUAAGUUCAUUAAGACUACGCUGCAGUUCUUGAACUUGUACUCGGUUUCUAAUAAUAGUCUUUUUGCUGACAUUUUUAAAAUGCAUAAUUUGUAUCCUGACGAGUCUUAAGAGCGUGGAGGCCUUUGGAGUCUCACAGUCCUCAUUGCUAUGUCUUCCACUGGUUUCUCAUUGAUGACAUUUCCAGAGAGCACUGUCCACUCUCCUGAUGAAUGUCCUAGUUAAAUAACCAAGACAACUUCCUAACAUUCCUCAGUACAUCAUAAAAUACUGUAAACUUUCCUCCCCCAGUUUUUUGCAGUGUUAUCUGUAGUAUUUGUAGUAACCUGUUAAAGAGUAAAAAUAAACCCACUGUUUUGUUUCUUGCUUUCAGCAUUUGAAGGACAGUGCUCUGUACAGUGCUGGUAUUUGCUUAUCAAACAGUGCUCACGGCUCUGUUAAAUGUACAGCUGCCUUUAACACAACUCGGCUAAAUUUCUAAGUGUUUUUUAUGCUUGUGUUUUAAUAUCUUGUAUUGCAAAUCAAUCUAUGCUAUGUGAUGUGUAUGAAACAUGCAAAAACUUCUUCCUUUAUUGUUUUUUGUAUACUCUAAAUGUUCUAUGUCUUAAAACUGGAAUGUAGACUUAAACAUGGAUGCCUUUGUGUUAUGUGCUUUUUUUUAACCCUGAAACUGGUACAUGAUCUCUGCUUAAAGAUACAAACGAAUUUGGUUGGUUUGGAAUAAUUCUGUAUCUACUUUUACUUUAUGCAUAAAACUGUUGUACCUGAUUUAAUUUUAUAUAAAAUCAUUUACCUUUUUUAUGGGUAAAUUUAAUCUGUUGUGGUUUGUUGUUUAGUAAGCGUGGAUGUAGUUCAGCUACAUGGAGAGCAAGCCAGUCUAGACAUGAGAUCGUUGAACUAGAUAUUGUUAGUGGCAGUUAUCUCACUCCAUAAGAGAGGUUGGUAAUAUACAGGUCUGUUGUAAAUGACAUGAAAGCUCUUGGAAACUUGCACCACUAGAGGGCACUGCUGUCCCUUUUUUGGUUUUCUCUGAAGCAAACUUGGAUGGAAUACCUGAACGUCAGUACCGUUUGUAUGUCCUCCCCUCCCCUCUUUACUAUUAAAAACAAUAUUUGUGGCCAUCCGAUAUAUCAGGCAUAUACAUGCCUUAAAUCCUGUCGCAGUGAGUGUUCCGUCAUGCAUAGAAUCCAUCAAAUCGUACUGGAAUCAUGACACGAAGGCACGUAAAACCGUUCAAAUGUUGAUGAAAAUAUUGUUCGCCAGACUUUUUUUUUUUUGCGAGAAGUGCAAUGAAGUAACAACGAUGUCAAAUAAACAUUCUUAACUGUGCUUCUGUUAAUAGAUAAGAAAAUAAAGUGUAUAUUUGUAUCCACCGACAAA